GGCGUCCCUUCCUCGAGGGUCGCCUGAGGGAAGCCGCAGCAGCCCCCCAUUUCCCCUCACGGAAACCCGGCCUUUCGGAGCGGCGGCGGCGGCGGCGCUGCUGCCUUGUGGCGGAGCGCGGCGUCGAAGGAGGGCCUGAGCUUGAGGCGGCCUCUCCUCCUCCUCCCUCCCACAUAAUAUUUCUUUCUCCCUUCCCUUGCGUGGGUCACAUGAGAAGGGGCGGGCGAGCCUCGCUUAGCAGCAGCAGCAGCUGCGACGGGCGGCAGCGACAGUCGGAGAAGCUCCGCUGAGGAGAAACGAGGCGAACGAGGACAUCGGCAGCCGCCUCGGAGCUGAGGGGAGCCGGAGCCGCCGGCCGCCAAGCGCCCCCCUCAGGAGUCCGCGCGGGCUCCUCGCGACGCCUCUAACAUCGCCCAGUGCUCGGCCAGCAGCCCCAACAUGGACGAAGACGGAGGAGGAGGAGGAAACGUGCCUGAUGAUCUUUCUGUAGAAGAGAGAGAGGAGCUUUUCAAUAUUCGCCGUAGAAAAAAAGAAUUAAUUGAUGAUAUUGAGCGGUUAAAAUUUGAAAUAGCAGAGGUUAUGACUGAAAUUGAUAACUUGACAAGUGUAGAGGAAAGCAAAACUACACAGAGAAAUAAACAAAUAGCUAUGGGAAGAAAAAAGUUCAAUAUGGAUCCCAAGAAGGGAAUCCAGUUCCUCAUAGAAAAUGACCUCUUGCAGAAUACUCCUGAGGACAUUGCACAGUUCCUUUAUAAAGGGGAAGGGCUAAAUAAAACCGUCAUUGGAGAUUAUCUCGGUGAAAGGGAUGACUUUAAUAUUAAAGUACUUCAGGCUUUUGUUGAACUCCAUGAGUUUGCUGAUCUCAAUCUUGUACAAGCCUUAAGGCAGUUCCUGUGGAGUUUCAGGCUUCCGGGAGAGGCUCAAAAAAUAGAUCGCAUGAUGGAAGCUUUUGCUUCACGUUAUUGCCUUUGUAACCCUGGAGUCUUUCAGUCUACAGAUACAUGCUAUGUGCUAUCCUUUGCAAUCAUUAUGUUAAACACUAGUCUACACAACCACAAUGUCAGAGACAAACCAACAGUGGAGCGGUUUAUAUCUAUGAAUCGAGGUAUUAACGAGGGCGGGGACCUCCCCGAGGAACUGCUGCGGAAUUUAUACGAAAGCAUAAAAAAUGAGCCCUUUAAAAUCCCAGAAGAUGAUGGGAAUGAUUUAACUCAUACGUUUUUUAACCCAGACCGAGAAGGUUGGCUGCUGAAAUUAGGCGGAAGAGUGAAAACAUGGAAAAGGAGAUGGUUUAUACUGACAGAUAAUUGCCUAUAUUAUUUUGAAUACACAACAGACAAAGAACCCAGAGGAAUUAUCCCUUUGGAAAAUCUCAGCAUAAGAGAAGUUGAGGAUCCGAGAAAACCGAACUGCUUUGAGUUGUAUAAUCCCAGCCAUAAAGGACAAGUCAUUAAAGCUUGUAAGACGGAAGCAGAUGGCAGAGUGGUAGAAGGCAACCAUGUGGUUUACAGGAUAUCUGCCCCCACCCCUGAAGAAAAAGAAGAAUGGAUCAAGUCAAUCAAGGCAAGUAUCAGCAAGGAUCCAUUUUAUGAUAUGCUGGCAACGAGAAAAAGAAGAAUUGCUAAUAAAAAAUAGCACUAACAGGGGACUCUUGUGGAUCUGCCUUAGCCAAAUUGCUAGUACAUUAUAAAGCCAAGGUAAAGUUCCAAGAAAACAAGACUUGUAUUGGAAAUGUAGUCACUUUCCUGCAGCAUCUACCUUCUCUUUGCCCAUUUAUAAUAUUCCAUAAGAUGCUGGAAGAAGUUUCAAGCACAUGGAUCUAUGUGAACUGAAAAUUUGGAAACCUUAUGUGCCGUUUUGUGUGUGGCAAUGUGUGUCAUUGAACCAGGAGGUGAUGGUAUGUAAUCUGUCCCUCUCCUGUUUUGGGGAGCCUGUGUUCUGGAGUGUGACCCGCUGCUGAAUCUAGCAUUCACAGCUAGCAGAUUACUCUUCUUUCUGGGUAUGCAAAAGUACUUUUCUCUCCCUUGUUCAAGCCUUCCCUUCCCUUCGCAAUGCAGAGGAGUUUGAGCCCUGAUUCAGCUCACAUCCGGUCUCUGGUGCUUUCAUUUAGAACCCCCAUCCUCCAGCUUAUGGAGAGAUAGGAAGGUUACACUGAAAAAGAAACAACCACCACAAGCCUGGCAGCUAUAUGAUUAAGAGGCGUCCCUCUCAUAAACAGAUGGCCGUGCACUGAAAACAUGAAGUUCUCGAAGAUGAAAAGGUUACAAACAUGAGUUUUGGCAGUAUCCGUGUAGCUUAUCUUUGGUUUUUGGAUGCUUUGGAGAUGUGUGACAUUGCCUCUCCAAGUGUUAGCCUGAAAAGCCUUUCCCAGGUCUCAGUUCUGUCUGGUAACAUUCAGCAUCAUCUUAUAUUUGUGUAAGGAUGUACUAAUAAUGGUUUGCAGGGCUCCAAAGUUAUUCAAAAACACCAGCUUUAAUUGUUCUCUUUAUUUAUUGCCACACAGGAAAAUCGAGCAAGAUUUUUGUUUUGUUUUUUAAUGGGAGCAAGCCAAAAAAGAGAGAGUAUAUGUGUGUAUGCAUAAUAUUAGUUAUCCAUUGUUAGUAGAGUGUACAGAAUUGCCUGAAUCCUUGCUGGGCUUUGCAUCUUUCUUAAUGAAGAUGUGUGCAUAUAGCUGGUUGCUAUAGCCAACUGAAAAUGAUACAGUUUGGAUGAUCAUUCAAGUUUUCAUAAGCCAUAGUUUAUGAAGCUGGCUCCAAGCCCUCCCCACUUUUCACAUUCUCCUGUUGUGUGCCAGCUUCCUGUGAAGAUUCUGGUUUCUGUUAAACCAGAGUCCCCUGUUGCAUCUGAACUCUGGCUUAACGUUGGUUAACAAACCAGGACAAUAAGCCAGGAUCAACACCUCUGCUGGGUUUGCAGGAGAACAGGGGAUGGUGGGUCCUGCUAGCCUGGGGCAUGUUCAAGAUUUGUGCUAAAGCACAGGUAAAUGUGACAUGCCAAAAUGACCGCUCUGUAUGGUUUGAGGAUAAGAAGACUCAGAUUUGAUUCCAUUGUACUUCCAAGUACAACCAAUAAAUAACAGGAAUAGGAAAUUUGUCUGCAGUGAUACCUUGGAGCUUUGAAAUCACCUGUCAGUCAGGGAUUGCAUAUUUGUGUUUUAGUAAGCAUAAAACAAAAGCCUUAAGAUACUGUUUGUAUAUUGUAUGAUACUGUUGGUUUAUUGUAUGUAUGUAAUUAAUAUCUGCAAUAUUCAUAGGAGGAAAGCCUUGGCCUGUGCAAGCAGCCACUGCUGUCCUCUCAGGUGGCAGCAUCUCUUAUGGUUAGAGCUGUAGAUAUUCUGGGAGGUGAAAAAACUUGAUGGGGAAGGAUUGUUACAGGAUCAGCACUGCAGCCUCAUAGGAGAAUCUGAAUAUAAAUAGCACAGUGGCUCUAGAAGAUAAUGGAGGCAGCCUUCUAUAGGGUGAAUUAAGACAUUUUUAUUUAGAUGUUUCUGUUUGCUGAACUCUGAAAUUAGAUGUAGAUUUGCAGAAUCAUGACCAGUGGCCAUGCUAGCUGGGACUGAUGGGAGGUUGGAAUUCAACACCACCUGGAGGACCCAUAGCUUUGCAGCAUUUCACCCUAAGAUUGUGGGCAAUUAUUAUUUUUUAAAUAUUUUACAGAACUCUGAUCCAUAGUCUGGUCUGGCUUUACGCUUCCCUGGUUUCAGUUUGUCACAUGUAAUCCCUCAGUGAAUUUGUUGAAAUUACUGACAUUUCUAACCCAUCUAAUUAGCAACCCUGUUUGCAAAUACUGUGUAAAUGGAGUAAUUGCAGUGUUCCAUGAGCUUCUUGUCCACGUGGAAAAUAACACACUUCUUAGGGGUAGAGAAUGUUUGCAUGGCUCCAGAUGUUCUUAUGUAACUGAAUGAUUAGGGAUUGAAAUUGGGCCAAACCUUUUUGCUUGCCCAUGAGGCCAGUGAAAGAAAUUACCUAAUUUGCAGGUACAGCUUUCCAUAUAGGUGUAAUUUUCCAGUAUUUUUCAAAUACUGGAAUCACUUUCAAGAUGAAGUUUUAUUUUUAUCUAUUAAUUCCCUCAAAUUUGUUAGUAGAAUGCCUGGGGGCAGGGCAAGUUAUGAAAAUGUCUAAUUUUAAUAUAGUUAUAGUCAUUGGUACCCUACCUUGCCAAAAAACAUUUGCUGAAUGGCGAUUUAACCAACAAUGGAAAAAAAUUCUUUUCUGCCUGCAUUUUGGACAGAUUACUGGAAGGCUUUUGUAUCUUUGGGAAAUUCUUUGGGGAGAUUGCGCAAAUAUUUUUUUAUCCUUUACCGAGAGAUUGUAAAUACUAAUUUUGUUCCAAAUCUCCUUAGGCAGAUUUGUUCCAAAGACCUUUUCCCAUUCCUGAACAUAUCCGAGCCUUUACUUCUGCUAUUAUCCAGCAUACUUUGGAUAAGUCUUUUGAGUUCUUCCAAGGCUAAUCUCUCAGAUUGUGUAACUUGCCUCAAUUCUGUUCCUCAAACUACUUGAGUUUCUUUACCAGAUAUUUAAAGGAUGCCUUAUUUCAAAGGUUUUCAACCUUUUUAGUCCACGGCUCCCUUGACCAACUACAUUUUUUGUGCGACAUCUGUGGGGCUCAGGAGCCCAGUUAUGUCACCCCUAACCUGCAGAUUUGGCAGCCUCUCACCCUUUUUCGAACACCCUCCCUUGUGGAGUGUUCCCUCAGCCUCCUCUCCUGUCUCCUCUACUUGGGAGUCCUCUGGGCAGCCGCUGCUACCUCCGCUGGUCUCUGAGCUCCCCCCACCCCAGCCCAAAGAGAGGUGCCUCUCAGAGGCACUGUUCACCUGGGGAGCUUAUAGCCAGGGAUGCGGCAACAAAUAGCUGUGCAAGCCUUUGGGAGGCAGAGACGUGAGAGGGCAUCAGAGGAGGGAGGGAAGGAAAGAAGGACAGGCCAGUGUUGUCCAUGGCACCCCGGACCAUCAUUCAAGGUACCCCAGGAUGCCAUGGCACACGAGAGAGAAAGAGAGAGAACUAAUUCAUAGGUCUAAGUAUGCAGAUACCAAAAGAUAUUUGAGGGUAGAGAUUAUUUAUCCCAAGCAUCCUGCUGUUUUUUGCAGUACUGUAAUGGUGCAGCUACUCCCAUCAUGUGAUUUCUUAUCCAGAGUAGUUUAAUGGCCUAACAAGUUUUGUUCUAGCAAACUAAGAAAAUUUUGAUUGCUCUUUACCAUCUGUAACAAACAACCUAGUAAUAUUCACAAAGAUCUGCUUGUGAAGAUCCCUCUUCUUCUUUUUCGUUAAACAUAGGUAAAGGUAAAGGGACCCCUGAUCAUUAGGUCCAGUCGUGACCGACUCUGGGGUUGCGGCGCUCAUCUCGCUUUAUUGGCCGAGGGAGCCUGCGUACAGCUUCUGGGUCAUGUGGCCAGCAUGACUAAGCCGCUUCUGGCGAACCAGAGCAGCGCACGGAAACGCCAUUUACCUUCCCGCCGGAGCGGUACCUAUAUAUCUACUUGCACUUUGACCUGCUUUUGAACUGCUAGGUUGGCAGGAGCUGGGACCGAGCAACGGGAGCUCACCCUGUGGCGGGGAUUCAAACUGCCAACCUUCUGAUCGGCAAGCCCUAGGCUCUGUGUUUUAACCCACAGCGCCACCCACGUCCCAUAGGUGUAAAACAUAGGUGUAAGUAAAUUCUAGGGUUUUUCCUUCCCAGAUAAUUAAUAUCUUUCAGUUGUCUGCCAUCUCUUUAUAAUCCUGAAAAAGUAUUUGUAGGAGGGCCAGUGUGGUUUGCCAUCUUAUUGCUUGGGUGAACCUUCUUUUGCUUUUCUGUCUUUUCUCUAUAUUACCUUCUCGAGGGAAUUCUUUGUUCUUAGCAGACUGGACGUAGGGUUCCUCUGACCAGACCUAUCAGGUGUGCCUUCCUUUUCUGAGGAAAUACUCUUGCCUCCAGAUCCUAGUUUUAACUGGGCAGAUCUAGUGCAGACUGAUGCUAGAAGGGCCUGAUCAAUUUGCCCAGUAUUUCAUUGUCAAAUUUCACUAGAUCACCCCAAAAGUUCUGCAGAAAUCACUGUAAAAAUUUUGACCUUUUAAAAAUCAUGCGCUCCGAUCCCUGUUGGCUUUCCACAGCCCUUUUUCUAGCACGUGCAUUUAGGAGAUUGAAUUUAAAUGGGUUGGCAAUGCCGGUGAUUCUUCUCUGGUUGAUUUUUGUCUGAUUAAGAGUCCUCUGUCAGCAAAGAACAUGUAAACCGAGUAACCAUGAUGCUCUAUAAGCAUCCUGCUAAAGUGCAGCGCAGCAUCCUUUCUCCAGCUAUAGAAUGGUUGCAGAUGUGUGUACGGAACAGUAUUAGUAGGGAUUGAAUUUGAGCCAAAACCUCCAGAGGCCAGUAAAGAAGCAAGCUAAUUUGCAGGAGUGGCUUGUGAAAGCUUUUGGCUUUGGUUGAGGUACUAACUUUUUGAAAAUACAAAAUAAACCUCUUCUUCAACCUAACUCUUGGUCAUAGGGAAUUGUAGCUUUUGAAAGCAGUGAGAACCGCAGAGGCUGAAAGCAGUGGAGGCAAAUGGCAUUGGGUACUUCUGUGGGUGUUAUUCAGGAAGCUGUCUCCACUUCUGUCCUGUUCACAUUCCCUGACCUUGUUCCAUGAAGUAAUAAGAUGAUUUGCCCCACCAUUCUCUUAUUGUGUUAUCUGAACUGGGACUCAUGGUUAUGCACUCUUCUCCUUAAUCAUGAGCUAUAGCACCCCCCCCCCCCAUUGUUUGUAGUUAAGGAGCUUAACCAUGAGGCAGGUUCAGAAGACAUGCUAAGCCACAGGGACCAGGGUGGCACAAAGCGAAUGCAGGCUUCCUUCCCCUCAGGAGUUUGCAUGGUCCCCCCUAAGCCAUAGUCAUGCAAACCAGACCCACGAGAACAGAGUGUUAAGCUUAAUGCCGUUCCCUUUUGUCCAGUGCUGCUUUUCAAGCCUUGAGGACUCUGGUUUUUGAAGGGGUAAGUUUUAAAAAGCACUUUAAGUUCAGCUGGCCUGACAGGUGCUGAACCUAACCUGAGGGAGGCUGCUGGUUGGUGGGGGGUGGAAGAGAGAAUUUUGCUUUGCUCUGUCACUUAAGGUUUUGGAUGUGUUGAAGUGUGCAGUACUUUAUAAAGUGAGCAGCAUUUACAGUGCUUUGUAUUAAAAAUGCCUAUUUUUUAAAAAAACGUAGUACAUAUCUUUCUAGAUAUGCUUGCUGGAAGAAAGGUCUCUUGGAUCCAGUGCAGAUGUAAUACUCUCUACUGACCAUUGCUUGCAAAAUCAAGAUGCAUCCUCAGAAGCAAUAAGCACUCUCUCUCCUCUGCCCACAAUUUCCUCUUUGAGAGUGGAAAGCUUAGCAUUCCAUUAACACUGAUGCUGCUCUGGUUGAGGGGGAGAAAGUGUGCUGGCUGUUGGCAUGCAAGGAACCAGUGUUACAUCUGCACAGGCCAUUAGAGCCCACAUGCUGCAAACUAACCUGUAGCUCACCACCUUUUCUUUCUAUAUUUUCUUGAAGAAUGUUUCUUAUUGACAGUUAAAUGUAUAUACUGUACAUCUGUGUAUUACUGAUUUUGAAGGUUUGUUACUCUUGUAUGCCAAUGAAUUUGCAUGGACUAUUCUGUAUCUAUAAACUGUUAUACAAAUAUCUAUGGUAAUCUUGUAUGACUGUUUUAAAUCCACUGCAAGUAUUUAGUUAACAAAAUACAUUGCAGAGGGAACUUCAUUCUCAAAAAUAAAAGUUUGAGUUCCAA